GCGCGUCUGAUUUGCGGUCAUCGCUAUCCGUUUCUGGUUGAACAUCUCUUAAAUCUAGCAUCAUGUCUCGCAGAAAAGUGGCUCCGGCAGUAGCAGAUGUGACCACGAAGAAACGCACGAAGGCAAACAACUUGCACGCCAGACCGGAGCACAUUCCGCUGGGCACGGUGCUGACGGAUUCACAACACGCACAAUGGAAGGUUGGUCCGUCGAUCGGUUCUGGAGGGUUUGGCGAAAUCUACUGUGCGUACAAUUUCUCCGACACGGCUCCGAAAACACAUUCGGACUAUCCAAACGUAGUGAAAAUCGAACCACACGACAAUGGACCGCUAUUUGUGGAGAAAAACUUCUACAUGAAGAACUGCAGACUGGAAGCCAUCGAACGGUUUAGGAAGGUGCGUAAGUUGAAGCAUCUUGGAAUCCCUCAUUUCAUUGCGAGCGGAACACAUCUGCUGAACAACGUUAAGCAUCGAUUUUUGGUGAUACCGCGUUACGGAGCGAGUCUCCAGUCGCUGUAUUUGCGGCAUAAUAAAUGCCUACCGAUUCAAACUGUGUACCGGGCAGCGCGACAAAUGUUGGACGUGCUGGAGUACAUCCACUCGUGCGAGUAUGUCCAUGCCGAUUUGAAAGGUGACAACAUUCUGUUCGGGAUGGGUGAUCGCGGCCAAGAGAAGUUGUUCUUGGUUGAUUUUGGUAUGACCAAUCGGAUAGUGACGGACAAGCAGUUUAAACCGGAUCCGAAGAAAAAGCACAACGGAACCAUCGAGUACACGUCUCGUGACGCGCAUCAGGGUGUGAUGACUAUGCGGGGUGAUUUUGAAAUUUUGGCCUACAACAUUAUCGAAUGGGCCGGCGGCAAUCUGCCGUGGAAAGAGGAUAAGAUACUCAAGGAUUGCAACAAGGUUCAGCAGAUGAAAGAGGAAGCCAUGGGUGAUAUUGCAAACUUUCUGAAAAAGUGUUUCCGUAAUCACUUGCCCGCUCCCAAGCCGUUGCAGGAGUUUUUGCAACGCUUGUGUGAACUAAGGUUCAAUGAAACUCCCAACUACGCGGCGUUCAGUAAAAUUUUUGAUCGUGGCCUUAAAACUCUCGGGGCUUCGAACAGUGGAGCACUGGAUGAAACGUUCGCCAAGGAGGUGCAAGCUGAACAAUCAUCGGGACCAAUGAACAAAACGAAAUACACGAAAAGAAAGGCACUGGAAAGCCCCGAAAGAUCUUCUGCUCUGUCGGAUACUGUGCCGAAUACGGAAUUGGACGAUAGCUUCCGGCAUCAGAUGAUGACAAGAACAAGACGAAGUCAUCAAACAAUGGACUCUGAGGAUACGUACCAGGCGGGGCCGUCAAAGGUGAACGUUUCCAAGAGGGGUUCCACGAAGGUACAUAUAACUGAUGGAUCGCAUGUCGGUACUCUCAUUGAUACUGUACCAAACACACCGCCCGAGAAGGAACGUUCCAAGGCAUCAGUAAUUAGUAGGAAGAAAGUAAAUGAACCCGAGAGCAAAGAUAGACAAGCGGCAGGACCGCCACGUGGCAGAUCGAAUAGAGCGAUGAAGAAAGAGGAGAACGAAUUAUCACCCGAAAUCGUUACAACGGUCAGCCAGAGCCAAACGCAACCGGGGGUGUUUAAUAUUCGCAUCGAUACGCCAACGAAAAAGGUCCGUGGAGGAACGCCCACUCCUCAGCAGUUCACCUUCAAUUUCACAAUUAAUUCCAAUGUUACAGUACACUCGGCGAAGACGGAUGGAGUAACGGUUACCCAUCAGAGGAAUUCCGUGUUGACCCAGGCCAGUGCAUCACGGGGAAGUGUCGCUAUUGCAACUGAGAGCGCCACCGUGUCCACACGCCGUUCGAUUUUCAACGAAUCAUUAAAUGAAUCGGACGACGUCAUCGAGGUGUCCUCCACCACCGAUGACGGCAACGUGUCGCGCUCUCUUUUCGAUUGAAAAUAAUAUAAUGUUUAUUUGUUUGAAAUAAUUUCUUAAAUUGAUUUUUUUUCUUUUAUGUAUGUCACUGUGCGCUAUUCAUUUCCAAUGUAAACUUAGAAUAUGUGU